UUUAGCAAAGAUCAGCUCAGUCUGACUUGAGACACCAAAGAGAACAGCUGCUUUUUAACCAUGAGACUUCGAGAUUUUUUCUGUUGCUGCCUACCUGCUCCUGGACAGAACAUUGAUGAUGAUCAGAAAUCAAGGAGCACUAAGGUAGACAACAGCAACAAGAAGAAAUCCGGCAAAGGAAUUUGGAAGAGACUGGCUAACCCAAGCAAGAAAAAACUAAGAAAAGAGGCCAAGCAACUGAGAAAUCAAAUGGCCGAUAGAAAGAGGAAGGAGGUCCAUGUGAUGGACAUUAUCUCUGAAUAUGAAGAACCUGUGAACGCCCCACGUCCACGUCCGGUGAAGUGGGAGACUCUUUAUGAGAAUGUGGAGGACAUCAAGAUUGACAACAUAGUCUUCCACAAGGCCUGGGUCCAUGCUACCCAGGACAGCCAGGAUGUUGUCAGCCCAGAAGGACAUGUGGGGAUGCCUGAGGAAGACACAGCCCGGGUCAAGGCUGAGAUUCCACUCAGUAUUGACCUGCUGGAGUCCGUCUAUGCCAACUUGUCUUCUGGCAUUGACAUGGAUCUACUGCGACACCUGGAGCAACUCUCCAAGGCUUUGUCCAAAGGAGAUAGCAGUGGAGGUGAUCAGCCUUCCCAGGCCAGUGAGAGCCCUGUGCUGAUCCCCAACGCUGGAGACCGAGAGCUGGUGCAGGAGCAUCUGACCAUCUAUGAGGAGGAUGAGAAGGAGGUGUAUGGAAACUGUAAUCCCAAUACAUCUUCAGCGAGGAGUAUUCGAAUUUAA